AUGUUGUCACUGCAACUCACUUCGAGCUUUUGCUUACCUUUUCAUUUCUUCCCUUUCUCUUCUCUCUUUCUCUCUCUCUCACUCUAUCUAUCUAUCUAUCUAUCUAUCUAUCUAUCUAUCUAUCAUACACGCUUUUGUAUUUCUUUUUACUCUUCGCUUUUCUCUUUUUUCAUUCAAUUUCUCUGUUAUAACUCGUUUUUGUUUGCCUCUUUCCCACUCUUUUUCUUUUUCAUCCAUUUAUAUGUUCCGUUCCUGUUCCCGUUUUUAAUCUCUUUCUUUCUUUUCAGAUCUCUCUUCAUUUUUUUCCACCCCCUUAUCCUUCGUUCAUCUUUCUCUUCCCUGUUUUCCUUUCGUUUUUCGUUCCUUCUUCUUGUUCCUUUUUUCUGUACUUCUUUUUCAUUUCUUUCUUUGUUCCAUCUUAUUGCUUCUUUUUGUACUUCUUUUUCUUUUCUUUCUUUGUUCCAUCUUAUUGCUUCUUUUUUGUUAUUUUGCUGCUUUUUUUUCGGUACUUCUUUUUCCCUUUCGUUCUUCGUUUCGCCUUGUUCCUUUCCUCUGUUCUUUUUCAUUUUUCUUUCCUCCUCCUUGUUCAUCUUUUCUGACCUUCUUCACCCAGUUCUUCCUUUUCUGUGUCCUUUUUUAUUUUCUUUCUUCAUUCCUCCUUGUUUCUUUUUUUUUUGUCCUUCAUUUCGUUCUUCGUUUCUCCUUUUUUCUGUUUUUUAUUUCGACUCCUUGUUCCCCUUUCCUGUCCAUCUUUUUCAUUUCGUUUUUCGUUGA